AUACAACAUGAACGAUAAAGAUAAAGCCAUUCAAAUGCUUCGCUACCAUUUUGCUCACAUAGCACAUGGGUUGUCUCCUUACGUUCGCAGCUACGAAUCUUAUCAAAAUGAAAGCAUAUCUGAACGCGCAUAUUUAUUUAGUAGCAUUGAUCAAAAGUACAAGUCGAUUGAUAACACAAAGUACAGAUUCUCAUUUAAACUUGUCAACUAUAUCAUUUGUCAGAAUCCAUCUGCUUCAAAUUUCAUCGAGAAGAGCAAAAUCAAUGACAACACUUAUAACAUUUAUAGCGCCCUAGACAAUUUAACUGAAUGGAACUAUAAUCGAACAAUGGACCACAAAAAUAAUAAAAUAAAGCUUCGUAAAUAUGAUGUGGCGGUAGCUUUCACAAAUUAUAUAUCAGGAUUAGUGUUAGGCUUAGCGCACGUUGGUUCGGCCUGCAAAACAACCGGGAUAACUGUGGUGGGCCACCGAGGACAGCAGAACACCAUAGUGACUGCCACCCACGAGAUCGGACACAUAUUAGGAGCUUUCCACGACGAGGACAGGAAUGACUGUCCCAAAGACGACAUCUACAUCAUGAGUCCCGUUUACCAACCUUACGCGAAAAAUCACUACGAAACAUUUUCCCCGUGCGCGAGAAAUUAUUUCGAAGAAUAUGCCAGUAAACUGGAUGACAAAGGCGAGAACUGCAUGUUGAAGUCUGACAUGAACGACCAACACGAGGACUUGGACCAAUAUUUGAAUGACCUGCCUGGCACUAAAUAUUCACCCAACGUUCAAUGCAUGAUGCUGUUUGGUGAUAACUUCAAAUACUGCCCCCCAUCAAACAAAAACUACGCGAAGAUCUGUUCCGAGUUUUAUUGCUGGGACCCAGUAAAACAACGCUGCGUCAGCCAAGGAGGGGCUGCCAUGCCUGGAACUUCAUGUGGUGACAAAAUGUGGUGCAUCAAUUAUCAAUGCGUUAAGGACCCUAGGGCACCCGCUGCUCAAGAUUCAUGUUUGUUUGGCGAUUCACCAGUCACAAUUGAUAUGAAUUAUGACCCAUUUACCUGCGCUGAUGUGGCGGGGAACCCACAAAGAUAUUGCACUAGGCAGUUCGUUAGGGAUGACUGCUGUAACGCCUGUAGUGGAUUUAAGGAAGAGACCAUCGAGCCAACACAAGCUUCAACGACUCAGAGACCAACUACUACUACACAGCCACCAUCAUCGAAUGAAUGCGUGGCGGACGCGCGACCAGAUUGGUGCAGCGAAUUAAUUACACCGUAUCAUAAGAGACUAAAUUGCAAAAAUUAUGCUGUGCCCUGUUGCAAGACCUGUGAAGACUAUCUUUGGUUUCGCAAAUGAUGACAGUUAAAAAACUUCUUCCAGGCAAAUUGUUUAAACUUUCAUUACUGAAAUGAAUUAUAAGACCUAUUUUUGUUGAUCUCGAGAUUUCUGAAUUUGUUGGUGACAAGUGAUGAAAAAAAAAUUUUAAUAAUAAAAUAAUAAGUUGUACG